AUGUUUAGUGAUCUGAAGCCAAGGGGUUCUUGUGGAAUUGAACUGAAUAUAAGGAAAAGUGGGCAGGUUAUUGCCGACAUAAUUUCUACAGUAGAAUUCAACAACACUGGAGAAUUGUUAGCGACAGGGGACAAGGGGGGUCGAGUUGUAAUAUUUCAGAGAGAGCAGGAGAGUAAAAAUCAGUCUCAUCGCAGAGGAGAAUAUAAUGUUUACAGCACUUUCCAGAGCCAUGAACCGGAGUUUGACUAUCUGAAGAGUCUAGAGAUUGAAGAGAAGAUAAAUAAAAUCAGGUGGCUACCCCAGCAGAAUGCAGCCUACUUCCUUCUCUCAACCAACGAUAAGACAGUUAAACUGUGGAAAAUCAGCGAGCGGGAUAAAAGGCCGGAAGGGUACAACUUGAAGGAUGAAGAUGGGAGAAUCAAAGACCCCUCCACAAUCACGACCCUGCGGGUGCCAGUGCUGAGACCCAUGGAUCUGAUGGUGGAGGCCAGCCCUAGAAGAGUAUUUGCCAAUGCUCAUACAUAUCACAUCAACUCCAUAUCGGUAAAUAGCGACUAUGAGACGUAUAUGUCAGCUGAUGAUUUGAGGAUAAAUCUAUGGCAUCUGGAGAUUACCAACCGAAGCUUCAAUAUUGUAGAUAUAAAGCCGGCCAACAUGGAAGAGCUGACAGAGGUGAUCACGGCAGCAGAAUUCCACCCACACCAAUGUAACAUGUUUGUGUACAGCAGCAGUAAAGGGACGAUCCGAUUGUGCGACAUGCGGGCAUCAGCGCUGUGUGACAAGCAUUCCAAACUUUUUGAAGAGCCAGAGGAUCCCAGCAACCGGUCAUUCUUCUCCGAAAUCAUUUCCUCAAUAUCAGACGUGAAGUUCAGCCACAGCGGGAGGUAUAUGAUGACGAGAGAUUACCUCACUGUCAAAGUCUGGGACUUAAACAUGGAGAACAGACCUAUAGAAACAUAUCAGGUGCAUGAAUAUCUGAGGAGUAAGCUGUGUUCUCUCUAUGAAAACGACUGCAUCUUUGACAAAUUUGAGUGUGUGUGGAAUGGCUCUGACAGUGUAAUCAUGACUGGUUCUUACAACAACUUCUUCCGAAUGUUUGACCGCAACACAAAGCGUGAUGUCACACUGGAAGCAUCGCGGGAAAACAGCAAGCCCAGAGCAAUACUGAAACCUCGGAAAGUAUGCAUGGGUGGGAAAAGGAAGAAAGACGAAAUUAGUGUUGACAGUUUGGACUUCAGUAAGAAGAUUCUGCACACGGCGUGGCAUCCUUCAGAGAAUAUCAUAGCAGUAGCCGCCACAAACAACCUCUAUAUAUUCCAGGACAAAGUGAACUAGAACAUUUGUUUGACUGGUCACCUUAGCACUGCGUACAAUAAAACAUCAAAUUAUUAUUAUUUUUUAAAGGAAAACUUGCCCUCUGGAAUGAAUCCUAACAAUAGUUUUUUUUGUUGUCAGGUUGUCUGUCUUAAUGAAGCUGUGGUGCCUUUUGGUAUGUGGAUCUGUAAUUCCCAUGAUGCAUCUAUUGAACAAAAUGGCUUCUGUUUAUAAGGCACUAAAUUUCCAUCUAAUUCUUCUGGCUUUUAAAGAUGU